AUGAAGACAGACGGACCAACAGCCAGGAAGAGACACAUGUCCUCUCAAGGACUGAGGAGACACAGGUUGCAGUACUGCAGUCUGUCAGAGAUCAGCUGUUCUUCUCUGGUCUCAGCUCUGAAGUCCAACCCCUCCCACCUGAAACAUCUGGACCUGAGCAAGAACUACCUGUAUGAUUCAGGAGUGAAACAUCUGAGUGGAUUUCUGGAGAGUCCAGACUGCAGACUGGAGACUCUGGAGUUGAGGGGCUGCGAUCUGUCAGAGAUCAGCUGUUCUUCUCUGGUCUCAGCUCUGAAGUCCAACCCCUCCCAUCUGAAACAUCUGGACCUGAGCAGCAACGACCUGCAGGCUGCAGAUGUGAAGCAGCUUUCUGAUCUGGUGGAGAGUCUAGACUACAAGCUGCAGGAUCUCAGGAAGAACACCAUGUGUGGGGGAGGGAGGACAUCUAGUGGACCUGAGGGGAAACACAGACAAAGGUAAGUUUACAUGAUCUGCUG